GUUCGCAUGUUGCAUGGCCGGAGAUGCCGACGGUGGCGAACUCGAUUUGGGCACUCCCAAACGGGCGAGGUCGAGGCCGACGCGGUCUGGCCGGAAAGUGCGUGUCAAGAAGGCCGUGCGCACUGGUGGGGCCGCGCGGAAGAUGGAAGAUGGGACCGUGGUGCAAAGCGACGGCUCUAAGGUCCUGGCCGAUGGGACAAAGGUGGAAGCCGACGCUGCCGAAGUUGCAGCACGUGAGGAGAAGAGGAAGCGAGCGGAGCAGCUUGAGGUGGAGGCCGAGGAAAAGAGGAAAGCCGCGGAAGAGGAGGCCAAGAGGAAGGCCGAGGCAGCAGCGGCAGAAGCCGAGGCAAAAGCGGCAGAGCGCAAGCGCGCCCUAGAAGAGCAGCACGAGUCACUGGAGGAGGACGAGUACACCCGCCAGAUGGAGGAGCUUGAGAAGGAGCUGGAAGAGGAGGAAGAGCUGCGUCGGCGCAAGGAACAGGAGGAGCUCGAAAAGGAGAACGAAGAACUGGACACACGGCACACUGUUUUUUCUGAGGUUUAG